GAGCUGCGUCUUCGAUAUGUGUUUUUCUGAAACUGUCUUUAUAAACUGUCUCUUUCUUUAUGUUUUGUUAUUUUCCCUCCGCGGUUUGCGUGAGACAAACUUUAAAUCCAUUUGUUGUUAUCUCCACAAUUUUAAAAAAGAAAAAAAAUGAACAAAUUGAUUAAGCCUCUUGGUUUCUCAUGAUUUGCACUAGAAGAGCCCUGGCCUUUCUUCUCUGCUUUCUAACAAAAUUUUCUCGGGAAAAUCAAGUUCCUUUUUUCCCCCCUAGGUCAUCUUUCCUCUUCCGCUUAAUUCUUCGCUUUCUCUGACGUUGUUGGAAUUGAAAAAAAAAACUAAUGGGUGCUGGAGAAAAAACCCUAAAAAGCUUCAAUUUACAUCUCCCUCAUCUGAAGAGCAGCAGCAAACAGGCGAUCAAAGAUGUGCCGAAGGGGUGUUUGGCGAUAAAAGUGGGACAAGGGGAGGAACAGCAAAGGAUUAUAGUUCCUGUCGUGUACUUCAACCAUCCUUUGUUCAUGCAGCUCCUCAAAGAAGCCGAGGAAGAGUACGGCUUCGAACAGAAGGGUACGAUCACAAUCCCUUGUCACGUCGAGGAGUUUCGAUACGUUCAAUCCAUGAUCGAUCGAGAGAGAUCUGUUUCUUAUCAUCAUCACCACCACUACCACCACCACCACCACCAGUAUCACCUCGUUGGAUGUUUUAGGGUUUGAUCCGUGCAUGACGAUGAAUGUAAACAAAAGCAAAGGGGAGGAGAGAGAUACUCUCUCUCUCUCUCUCUCUCUCUCUCUCUCUCUCUCUCUGUUCUUCUUUGUUCCUUUCUUGUUUGUGUUGUUAUUGUGGAGUUGUGGAGCCAAACAGGGCCUAACCCACAAAAUUAGGAGUAGAUAGCUCGUGCUAUGUUUUCUCUUUGUAAGUUACUGUAUUUUCCGUUUACUUUGGUACAUGGAACUUGAAAAAUAAAUGAAAAAAAGAGUGAAUAUUUUUCAUGGUUU